AUGUGCAUACAAGAAAAUCAUUGGCUAUGCACCGGGUUAAAACCAUUAAACGAAUUUGCCAGUCAUGCAAAAAACUCCGUCGAUCUAUUGGAUGUCGAAACAGGGUUUGAAGAACUUGAAAAAACAUUGGAAGAACUUAAAAAUAACAGAAUUCAGAACAUCAGUGAAAUAAAAGAAGGCAAGAAAACUAUCCAUAAGAAAAUUGAGUCUUUAAGAGAACAAUUUGAUAAACAUUUAGACGAGAUUGAGUCAAGUAUAUUUAAAGAUUUAGAUACACUCGCUAAUCAGAAUUUGUCCGAAGGUCACCAGUUGUUGUCAGAAAUGAAAGAAAAGGAACACAGCAUUGAACAGACAAGGGCAACAAUAAACAUGAUUAAACAAAUAAAUGAUGGAUUAUCAGAUGUUCAGGUCUUCUUACUCACAAAAGAUCUUAGGACAAAAUUACUCGAGUUAGAAAGGUGGGCUUCGGCAAUUUGCCAACUAGAUGCAUCAAAGGUAACUUCUCUGCAGUUAGAAAUCAAUCCAAACAUAGAAAAAAUGUUUUCGGGAUUGAGAUCUUACGUACAAUUACAAGUUUACCGGAAAUCCUGCCAGAUUAACGUUCGAGCAUGGGAGCAAAAAAGAGCGCAAGUUAGUGUUCCGACUAUAAUAUCUACUGAAAGUCGUAAUAUAGAUAAUAUACAACUGAAACUUGAACGUAAAUUUCUGUUAACGAAAGAUACACACAGAGGAUGUAUUAUUGUCCCAGAUGGUAGAAUGGUGUUUGCCCUUUGUUUUGUAAAUCAACUGUCAGUGUACAAAAAGGACGGAAUGACUUCUACAAAUAUAAAAGUGGAAAAAUGUCCUAAUGAUUUAGCAGUGAUUAACAAUAACACUGUGGCAGUAUCGUGUAGAGAUUCUAAAUCAAUCAAUAUUGUUAACAUUGAUGAGGAGAUUGUGAAGCAAAGCAUUGAUGUCGGAGGUGCAUGUCACGGUUUAUCUUACUACAAGAGGAAACUUUAUGUCAUCGUCAAUAACAAGGGAAUAUGUGAGUUUGAUUUAGAAGGAUAUUUGUACAGAACAAUCCCAAAAGACGUACCAGAUAGCAAUGACUACUUAUCCAUUUACAAUGACAAGUUUGUUUAUACAAGUAAUGAGUGUGCAUGGAAUUGUAACAUUACAUGCUGUGAUUUAGGAGGGAUUCAGAUAUGGCAAUCACCUUUCGCAGAUUCUGGUAUUGCAGUCGACCAGUUUGGUAAUUAUUUUGCUGCACACUACUGGUCAAAUACAUUAAAAAUCAUAUCUACGGACGGAAAAAGAGAAAAAGAUCUUUUAUCCAAAAGGGACGGAAUCUCUCGUCCGGAAGGCGUGUUCUUUGACAAAAGUAAUAAUACUUUACUUGUUACCUGCGAAAGAGGUAUGGCAGCCCUGUAUCGUGUUAUUUGA